AUGGCCAUGCGAGAAAAGUACUAUCCUAUAAAAUGGUACACUUCAUCUCAUGUUCAGUACCAUGUCUUUGGUGACCAUCCUUUCCAGAGGCUCAGUAUCAGGCUUGUGGAAGUUGUGAUCGUUUUAAAUCCUGAAAUCCUACUGCUGUUUUUCUUUUUGGGAUUUACAAACCGGAUCAGGCAUGUGUCUAUGCCACGUUAUAUUUGGCUUUUUUUCUCGGUAUUAUGCGACAAAGAGGGCGAGACCGCGCAACGCCAAGCCAGCGAGAGAAGAGGUUCCCCUGAGACGAUGCCCAGUACUGCAUCGAGAACACGAGACAUAAAAAAAAAGGAAAGUGGAGGUGAAACAGGAAGUCAACAAAAGCAAUUGGAUGAGUUACAUGAAAUUAUCAGAACAGUUAGAGAGAUGAACCAAGUCGUGACGAGACUCCAAUCUAGUGUAGAUGAACUUCCCAGGAGGCAGCAGAACACGAAAAGGAACGAGCCAACUGAGAACACGAAAAGGGACGAGCCAAUUGAGAACACGAAGAGGGACGAGCCACUUGAAAUUAUGAAAAGCCUGUUGCAGGAGGUAGCUGCAAUAAAAGGGGUCAUUGAACAAAAGAUUUUAGAGCGCAUAGAGGGGAAUGGAAAUGUAGAGGAGCUGAGAGAAAUAACUGAAAAAGUCAGAAAGGUUAGGCAAGAUUUCUCAUAAACGUCGGCUGUCAAUAGCAAAUAAAAUAGGAGCCGAAAGCUCGGUUGGAAAGGACGUGGUAUAUGAGAUAAGGUUUGAAAUUGCCACAAGCUGUUCGCCGAGGCGAUUGAGAAUUUUGGACUUUUUGUGACAAGAAUUUCGCCAGCAGGCGACUACUUUGUGGUCUUUUCGAUAGUUUUCGUUUCAAUCAGCACGUUAUUAAACAAAAUGUGCCUAACAUUCUAAUCAUACUCUUUUAAACUCAGCUGGACAUAAUUUAGAAGUAGGAAUAUCUUGGAGGCAAAGAAACGUCUUAAAAACUGUGCCUUUUUAAGUAGCCAUGGCACUCGCGAUUUUGAACCUUGUUUUACAGUAUUGGAACACAGAGUACAAGGCCGACUGAAACGUCUUCUAUGACAAAUGAUAUAUAUGUAGACACCUGUAGUGACGUAGGUUUGUCCAAAGUUUGAUGGCUUUGAUCUUUUCUUGACUGUGUAACCUUUCGAUGUAGCCUAAUAAUAACUAACAGUGGUCGAACAUUCUGGUCUCGAACAUUCAGAUUUACAAUAAAUCCGCCUUUGAAAAGUU